AUGUCUGCCUCUGUCGAGCCAAUUUUGACAGCAGAAGAGCGGCACCUGCAGUCGCUCAUCUACGGUCUAAUCAUUAGCACGGGAAUCCUGUCUAUGAUAGUCUGCAGCUUACGACUUUACACAAGAGCAUUCGUCAUCAAAAAUUUUGGGAUGGAUGAUAUCGCUGUCUGCGUGGCAUUGGUUAUCACGCAGGCCUUUAAUGGGCUGGGAGUUGCUGUGGUAUAUUACGGAGAAGGAAUACAUUUUAACAAGGUGUCUGCUGAAAAUCGAGCAAUCUGGCUCAAGCUUUAUUAUGUGGCAAUGUGCCUGUACCUCUACGCCUCCUUGUCUGUCAAAGUCAGCUUGCUGCUAUUUCUACGACGGAUCUUCAUCAAACGCUGGAUGAAUGCUCUCACUAUAGGCAUGAUUGUCUUCCAAGUCUUGUUCUCGGUCUCGGGUUCAUUCGUUCUAGCCUUCCAAUGUGACCCUGUAAGGGGUGCCUAUGACUUAACAGUCGCGAAUCCGAAAUGCUACUCGCAGUACAAACUCUUUCAGAUCACAUUAUACCAGGCCGUUCUUAUCUUCGUUUGCGAUGUCAUCAUCCUGAUUGCGCCACUGGUUAUUCUAUGCGGACUACAGAUGCCCACACGGAAAAUCAUCGCUUUGAUGGCAAUCUUCGGAUCAGGUAUAAUCGCCUGUAUCUCCCCCGUUGUUCGCUUCAGCACAUUGGAUUAUCUGCGCCAUGGCACUACGGAUCUGACCUACGACUCGGCAUCAUCACUAUACUGGAUGGCCAUUGAGUUCAAUUUGGGCCUUGUCGCAGGCUCUCUUUCUUCUCUAAGGGCAUUGUCUGUUUUUCGCCGAUUCGGCUCGAGCGCAAACUCGCGAGACAAGGGAUCGACCGGCAAUAAAUCUCACGAGCUUCUCAAUAUGAAUGGUAGUGAGCCCAGAAAUACCAGGGAAAGGAAGAGAGGGUUGGGGAUGGGGACAACAAUACUGCAGGAUAGUGUUAACGAGAGCCAGGAGCACAUUAUAUAUGAGCCGAAAAAUGACCACGGACAGCGAGAGGCAAGGUUUUGA